ACUGAAGAAUUUGUUCAGUCUUCAAAACACAAUUUGACUUGUCAAAUAGUCUGCCUGUUCAUUUCCUGCAAGUGCUCAAACAUCUUCUCCUCAACUACAAGAACAAAAAAAAUGGCCCCUUCCACCAGAAAAAGAAAAUCUGCAAAAUUAGAUUCAUCAACCGAAACCAAACCCAGAGCACCAAAACUGGAACCCUCAGAAACCAAAAACAUGAAACCCAAACUUGAGCCCUCUGAAACCAAACCCAUAACACCAAAAUUGGAAGAGCCCUCAGAAACCAAACCCACAAAAAUGAGACCCACAGGAACCAAACCCAUAACCCCAAAAAUUGAGAUGGACCAGAUCAUCAGUAACCAAACUGAUGUUGCAAUGACACUCACAAAACACAUUCUCGGAGACAAUAACCCCUGUAACGUUGUUUUGUCUCCGCUUUCUCUGCAGCUUGUACUUGGUUUGGUUGCAGCUGGGUCUGAAAGCGAAUCCUUAAAGCAGCUUUUGUCCUUCCUUAAAGCUGAGAGUACGGAAGAACUAAACUCACUCGCUUCUCAUCUUGCUAAUCAUGUUUUUACAGGUGGGUCCCCUCCUGGCGAGCUCACCUUGUCACUGGCUAAUGGGGUUUGGAUUGACAAGUCUCUGUCGUUUCAGCCUUUUUUCAGUAAAGUGGUGGAUGAUGUGUACAAGGCUGGCUCUGAUGUUGUUGAUUUUAAAAACAAGGCUAGUGAGGCAGCGGAAAAAGUGAACUUAUGGAUCGAAAAGAAAACCUAUGGCCUUAUUAAAGACACUAUUUCUCCUGAUCUAUUUGACGAUGAAACCAGGAUUGUUUUUGCCAAUGCCAUUUAUUUCAAAGGGUUUUGGGCUAAUAAAUUCGAUAUGUUGAGUACAAGAAAUGAUGACUUCUACCUCCUCGAUGAUAGCUCUGUUCAUGUUCCCUUCAUGACCAGCACUACAAAAUAUUACUGUAUAAGUGCCUUUGACGGGUUUAAGGUGUUGGAACUUCCAUAUAAACGUGAAACUGACAUGCGGGACAUUUCCAUGUACUUCUUUCUCCCGGAUGCAAAAGACGGAUUGUCAACAUUGGUGGAUAAACUUGCCUCAGAAUCCGGAUUCCUUGAACGCCAUAUUCCAAGUGAAAUGGAAAGAGUUGGCCAGCUUCGUAUUCCCAAAUUUAAAAUAUCAUUUGAAUUCGAAGCAUCAAAAGCAUUAAAGGAACUUGGAGUGUGUGCACCCUUCAUUCGAGGAAGACGUGAUUUUGAUAGGAUGGUGAAUUCUGUGUACGAUGAGCUGCUUUACGUUUCAGGUGUAUUUCAGGAAUCAUACAUUGAGGUUAAUGAAUCAGGCACAGAAGCUUGUGCUUAUUCACGAAUUCCCAUGUGUGGAGGUGGUCCUCUUCCUGUGACGAAGAUUGACUUCAUUGCUGACCAUCCAUUUCUGUUUCUUAUCCGAGAAAACAAGACCGGAGUUGUGCUAUUUAUCGGACAAGUCCUUAAUCCUGAAGCUAGCUGGCCUCGUUUCUCUAUAGAUUAUAAUACUAUUUUUGGGAAUCGUUAAUCCUGAAGCUAGCUGGCCUGAUUUCUUGAUAGAUUUUUGUGCUGUUCAUGUGACAAGUCAUCCUGAAACUAGCUGGCCUGAUUUCUAUGUUGAUUUUUAAAUAUUUAUUGGCCAAGGUUUGACAAAACACUUUCCUCCAUUAUGUUGGGAACGAAAGUGAACGUACAUUUACCUAGUAUUAUCAAAGCUUUAUUCUAUAA